AUGUUUCCCCUACGACCAGGAUCCGAUGGUGGUCGGAGACUUCCUCUGUUCUCGGGUAACUCAUAUAAGGAUAACUCAACUCAGGCCCUCGAGAAGAAACAUAGCAAAAGCAGAGUCAUCCAUGGCGAAAAGAAGGACCUGCGAGAAGAGCUUCAAGAGAAACGUGAGGAUCGCAGCAGAGACGUGUGGAAAAGGAUUGAUCCCCAGCUUAACGUCCGACUUCCCCGAUAUCGGGAGAGAUAUCACCCAUAUUCAAAGAGUUACAAGGAGCAGAGCUUCCACUAUAAUUCUUCAUCAAAGGCCAGACUUGAGUGGAGACCCCGUAGGGAAGGCCCUUCCGACUCUAAUAUUGAGGGAAGACAACAUGAUGGAAACAGUUUGGGGAAAACAGGGGAAACGCGCGAAGAUGAAAAAAAUAAGUCCCCAGAAGAAAGAGAUGCAGAUAUGGAAUUCGAGCAACGACUAGACAGGGAGUUAGUUGAGAUGGAAAUGGAUGAUGAAAUGAUUGAUAACAAUGAACUACUCCUGGAAGAUCUUGAGGACUAUCCCGAGAAGAUUGAUGCAAUUUCGCAACUCUCCCCAGAACUGGAAGAUGACGACCGAGGAGCUAGCUGGAGCCAUGGCAUCGAAAAAACUACAUGCCAUCCGGGGAAAAGCCUCCCCAAG